AUGCAUUCAACAACUGAAGCCCCCAAGAAAAGCAAUAACAUCUUAGAGCUCCUCCCCGGGAGCCUUCCUAAGGCUAAGAUACCUCCUAAUGUUGACUUAGAAGCAGCUGUAAGUCAAGUACUUGAAUUGUUUCCACGGCUGCAAAAGCAUCACUUUACCCCAGACGCACUCUGGCGCGAUACUUAUGCGUUGACUGGUACUAUCCGCACCUUCUACUUUGACAGCUCAGUAGCAUCAACAUGGGCAUCUCUCAGCGACAGCCACGGGCUAUUAGAUGCAACUCUCGUGCCAGGUUCUGUCAAGGUGAUAAAGCCUGAAGCCGGCGUAGAGUGGAUUGAUUGCAGUUUUACCUUCAAGACAUUGACCCCAGCAACCGAGUGCUCUGGCAUACUGUCUCUCGUCCCAUCUGAUGAUGGUCAGUGGAGGAUUUGGGUGCUGAGGACCUUCCUUGAGCAACUGAGUGGUCACGGCAAUGUAGAUAAGCUAGACCCUGCCAAUGGCGGUGAUGAGAAGAAUGGUAACUCCGGUACAACGGAGAACCAUCAUUAUCAUUUCGGGGCUGUGGUCAUCGGCGGUGGACAAAGUGGUCUCAGUGUCGGUGGGAGACUAAAAGCCCUUGGCGUCUCAUAUGUUAUCCUGGAGAAGAACGUGCAGGUCGGAGAUGCCUGGAAGUUGAGAUACGAAUCAGCGCGGCUACACACUAUUCGAGAGUAUUCCCACUUGCCUUUCGAACGAACCUUUGGACCCGAGUAUGACGAGUACCUUAGCAAGGAUGAGCUGGCUAAGGGCCACAAACAGUGGGCAGAGAAAUACCGCAUAAAUAUCUGGCUCUCAACAACUGCGGUAUCUGGCUCCUGGGAUGAAGCAACCAGAGUCUAUACACUGGAUGUCGUCAAGAACGGGCAACCCGUUCAAAUCACUACCCGACAUGUCGUGUUCGCGACAGGCGCAAAUUCGCAAACUCCCGUUUGGCCAAACAUAGCGGACAAGGAUGCUUUCAAGGGAAUUUUGAUGCACUCUGUCGAUUACAAAGACGCGAAAUCCUGGACUGGAAAGUCUGGAAUCGUAGUCGGUGCUGCAAACACAGCACACGAUGUUGCCGAUGACAUGUGGCAAGCAGGUAUGCAAGUGACCAUGGUUCAGAGGAGCCGUACCUUUGUGCUUCCGGUCGAGUUCAUCAAAGAGCGUUAUGACUUGAUGUAUAACAGCAACAUCCCUACAGAGACCAGCGACCGAGGCAUGUUUAGCCUCCCCAUAUCAAUUGCUCGUAUACUCUCGUCAAAAGUAUUCCACGCCAUGGCCCGAGCACAGCCAGAAAGAUACGAAGCUUUAGAACGGGCUGGUUUUAAGGUUGAUCCGUUCGGGGACAUCCAAGAUGCUGUUAAUGUUCGCCUAGGUGGACACUACAUUGAUGUCGGAACAUCGGCUAAAAUUGGAAAAAAUCUGAUUAAAGUCAAAUCGGAUGCCCAUGCUGUAAGAUAUACAGAGAGCGGGCUUAUAUUUUCUGACGGAGUCGAAAUUAAAGCCGAUAUGAUAGUACUUGCAACUGGCUUUGUAGGCAACCUCCGCCAACAUGCUAAGAUGAUAUUCGGCCCAGUAGUUGCCAAGAGAGCUGGAGACUGUUUCGGUUUGAACACUGAAGGGGAGGUUAUUGGAGCCUUUAAGCCCACAAAGCAGCCAGGAAUGUGGUAUAUGGGUGGUGCUCUUGGACACGCGAGAUACUUUUCUCGCUAUAUUGCCUUGAGCAUUAAAGCUGAUGAUAUGGGUCAGCCCCUUCCUGUAUAUGAAGAUGGUGUAUUUAAACUAGAUGGGUUAAAUGCAUGA